AUGAACUUCAACAAAUAUCACCCAGGCUACUUUGGGGAAGCUGGUGGGAGGCAUCACCGCUUACUAGUAAAGAGGAAACAGAGCUUCUGCCCAACUGUCAACCUUGAUAAACUGUGCACCCUGGUCAGUGAGCAGACACGGGGAAAGGCUGCCAAAAGCAAGACUGGAGCCGCUCCUUCCAUGGAUGUGGUGCGAUCAGGCUACUGCAAAGGUCUGGGGAAGGGGAAGCUCCCAAGGCCGCCUGUCAUUGUGAAGGCCAAGUUCUCCGGCAGAAGAGCUGAGGAGGAGGUGAAGGGUGUUGGUGGGGCCUGUGUGCUGGUAGCCUGA